UUUGUAUUUUAGCACGCGAGCUACUUCUCCUUCUGUUUGUUCCAGGUGCGGUGACGUCAGCCGAGAUGAUGGACGCUCUGUCGGUGGUGAGUCAGCUGAGGGAUCUGGCCUCGGAACCGCAGAACCGAGAGGUGAUAGUCCAGGACCAGGGCUGCCUCCCUGGGCUGGUUCUCUUCCUGGACCACCAGAACCCAGACGUGCUGUUUGCAACUCUGCAGACGCUCCGUUAUCUGGCCGAGCUGCCUCCCAACAUCCCCACUAUGAAGAAUGAACUGGGAAUGAUGGUGAGCUUGGAGAAUCUGAUGGCGAGAGAGGGUCUGUCUGUGGACAUCACCGCUUUGGCUCAGGAGGUCUACGACAUCCUGAACGCUCCCGCUAAUCCUCCGCCUCGUUCACCCGAGAGGCAGAGGAGGAAGAAGUCCCAGUUCUUCAUCAACUCCACCAAUAAGAAGGCCAAGUCCAUCACGCUGCACAUCCGAGGCCUGGACAGCUCCGACCAACGGGGUUUGUGUGAGGAGGCUCUGCUGAAGGUCAGAGGCGUGAUCAGCUUCACCUUCCAGAUGGCCUCCAAGAGAUGCACGGUCCGGAUCCGCUCAGACCUUCCUACAGAGAGUUUGGCGACGGCCAUCGCUGCCACGAAGGUUCUGUCGGCCCAGCAGGUGGUGAAGAACGAGGCCGGAGAGGAGGUCUACGUCCCUCUGAACCCGUCCGAACUGGAGGUGCCCCAGAACUCGGCUCUGCCCGACUACCUCCCAGAGGAAGAGGACGAGAGUCCGGAGAAGAAGGCCGACCGGGCCAUCUCCAGAACCACAGCCAAGGAGGACUCCAGUGGGAGCUGGCUCAACGCCGCUGCUGGUUUCCUCACCAAGACCUUCUACUGGUGAACUGGACCUGGUGCUGCUCUUAGACUGUUUGACUACGGGUCCAUGUUGACCCGGUUUCAGGGGCUCCAGAUGUGCUGAAACACUGAAUAGAGACCGGUUCUGGUCGCUUCCUGUCUUCUCAUGUAAAUAUUUUCUCCUCAGUCUUCCCAAACUGGACUUUUUCUCCUGACAUGUAAAAAAAACAAGAUCUUUACUACGUUUCUGUAUUAACUGAAAAGCAUUUUCCAUCAUCGUCUGUUUGUUGGUUUACGCUGAAAUAAAUGUACGAAACAUCUACAAACGUGUUUCACAAGAA